UUUUCUACGUAGUACCUGAGGACACGCGUUCUGAACUAUAACAUAUCAUCUUAGACACUCGCUUUUCCUCAGAAGAAUAAAUCAAGAAGAAACCGAAUAGAGAAAAAAAUAAAGACAUCAUGGCUACUACCGUUCCUCCUUACCCUCCUCUAGAGGACCGCCCGAUCAAGAAUACGAUCGCACUCUUCGAUGUCGACGAGACCCUCACCCCAGCCCGUCUCUCUGUCUCCCCCGAGAUGCUCCAGACUCUCGAGAAGUUACGACAAAAAGUUGCGAUCGGAUACGUAGGUGGGUCGAACUUAGUCAAGCAACAGGAACAGUUGGGCACCGGUGACCGACCCGUAACGUCUAUGUUCGACUUCUGCUUCAGCGAGAACGGCUUAACAGCUUUCAAGCUAGGCCAAGAGCUACCCUCCAACAGCUUCAUCAAGUAUAUCGGCGAGGACAAGUACAAGGAGCUGGCCAACUGGAUCCUGCACUACAUCGCGGAUCUAGAUAUCCCGAUCAAGCGCGGUACUUUCAUAGAGUUCCGCAACGGCAUGAUCAACGUAUCCCCUAUUGGCCGUAAUGCCAGCACGCAAGAGCGAAACGAAUACCAAGCGUAUGACAUCAAGAACAAGAUUCGUGAGACCAUGGUGGAGAAGAUGAGAGAGAAGUUUGGACAUUUGGGUCUGACCUUCUCCAUCGGCGGCCAAAUCUCCUUCGACGUCUUCCCCACAGGCUGGGACAAGACGUACUGCCUGAAGCACCUAGAAGCCGAAGCCAAGAAGCCCGGCGGCAUCCAGUACACGACGGUGCACUUCUUCGGCGACAAGACCGACAAGGGCGGCAACGACUACGAGAUCUACGUCGACCCCCGCACCAUCGGACACUCCGUCAAGGGACCCGAGGACUGCUUGAAGCAGAUCAAAGAGACCUUCGAUCUAUAGAUAUGUAUCUGCAGAUUUUCACAUAUACACCCACCACAAGCCCAAGAACUAAACCCGAACACCGAGCCGCGAGAAGAAUUAUCUAAGGAAAAAUUAAUUUCGUAAAAUGGAAGCAAAAAAAGGCCUAAUUGAAUCUGACCAACAAUACUAGUCUAGCAGAGAGUAUUGCGUCUACAGAUAAAACUGGAAUCGAAAAGAAAAAGACCUAACUAGAGAGAUAGAAAGCGCCUAGCCGCCUGAUGGGUUUAGAAACGUCGUUUAUCUCUACAUAGCUGCGUAAAAAUUCGUCUCGAAAAUACCUUCAAUAAAAAAAGUCACAUAAGGAAAACAAUGUCUACCUAUCACUCGGUUCUGUUCAUGUAUAA